CGCAGCUUAGCUACAGCGCUCUGCCCCUAAACGCCGCGCCCAUCAGCGCAAGCACGCACCCCCGCAAAUGCCCGGGCCGCCGCACCGCUGCCGCCGCUGCUAGCUAGACCCUUCUAGAAGCUUACGGAGGAUGGACCCGGCCACGCCGCUCCUCGCGCUCUCCAAGGCCAUCGCGUCCCGCUCCAGGCCCUUCCCCUCCUCCUCCCCGCACCACAUCCUCCUCCGCCGCGGCCGCCUCCCGCCGACCCCGCUCGCCCGCGCCGCCCCCGUCGUCGCCGCGUCCGCGCAGAGGCGCAUCGCCGUGCCCGGGGGCCUCCUCCUCAUCUCGCUCGCGCGACUCGCGCUCCGCGGCGGGGCCCUGCGAGCAGAGCCGCGCCGCUGGUUCGCGAGUGUCUCGGCUUCUGCUCUCGCGUCGAAUGGUCCUCCCGGCGGUGGGGGCGGCAGGGGGAACGGCGAUGGUGGGGGCGGCGGUGGUGGAGGCGGCGACGGGUGGAAGCGGCCGCGUGCUUCCCAGGGGACGGCGGGGGCCGAGGAAGCGACAGCGCUGGAAGCCGACACCAUAAUCCUUGACGUUGGGGGGAUGUCUUGUGGGGGAUGUGCAGCAAGCGUUAAACGCAUUCUAGAGAGUGAGCCCCAAGUGCAGUCGGCAACUGUUAACCUUGCCACUGAGAUGGCAGUUGUGUGGGCAGUGCCGGAAGAUCGAGCUGUGCAGGAUUGGAAACUGCAGUUGGGUGAGAAGCUCGCCAGCCAGUUGACAACAUGUGGGUACAAAUCCAACCAUCGAGAUUCUUCAAAAGUCAGUUCGCAAAAAGUUUUUGAAAGGAAGAUGGAUGAAAAACUUCAACACCUGAAACAAAGCGGUCGGGAUCUUGCUGUAUCUUGGGCAUUAUGUGCUGUUUGCCUGCUGGGACAUGUUUCUCACCUCUUUGGAGUUAAUGCACCAUUCAUGCACCUGUUUCAUUCCACUGGAUUCCAUUUGUCUCUCUCGAUAUUUACAUUUAUUGGUCCUGGUCGAAGACUAAUUCUUGAUGGAUUAAAGAGUCUAUUAAAGGGGUCUCCAAACAUGAAUACGCUGGUUGGUUUAGGUGCUCUGUCAUCUUUUGCUGUCAGCUCAGUUGCAGCCUUCAUUCCAAAGCUGGGAUGGAAGACAUUUUUUGAGGAACCAAUUAUGUUAAUAGCUUUUGUUCUUCUAGGGAAGAAUCUUGAGCAGAGGGCAAAACUAAAAGCUGCUAGUGAUAUGACCGGAUUGCUCAAUAUUCUUCCAUCAAAAGCACGCUUAAUGGUGGACAGUGAUGCUGAGCAGUCAUCAUUCACAGAGGUCCCGUGUGGCACCCUUGCUGUUGGGGACUAUAUUGUGGUGCUGCCUGGGGACCGCAUUCCAGCAGAUGGUGCUGUCAAAGCUGGAAGAAGUACAGUUGACGAGUCCAGUUUGACAGGUGAACCUAUGCCUGUCACAAAGAUUGCAGGGGCAGAAGUGUCAGCAGGAAGCAUUAACUUAAAUGGUAAACUCACAGUUGAAGUUAGAAGACCUGGUGGUGAGACUGUAAUGUCUGACAUACUAAACUUAGUGGAAGAAGCACAGACAAGGGAGGCCCCUGUUCAACGAUUGGCCGACAAGGUUGCGGGGAACUUUACAUAUGGAGUUAUGGCCCUUUCUGCUGCCACUUAUAUGUUCUGGAGUCUUUUUGGUUCACAACUUGUACCUGCUGUUAUCCAGCACGGAAGUGCAAUGUCUCUGGCUCUGCAACUUUCUUGCAGUGUUCUGGUAAUUGCUUGCCCAUGUGCUCUUGGGCUUGCCACACCCACUGCUGUGCUGGUUGGUACAUCAUUAGGUGCAACAAGAGGACUUCUCUUACGUGGUGGGGAUGUUUUAGAGAAAUUCUCAGAAGUUGGUGCCGUUGUGUUUGACAAGACUGGAACUUUGACAAUUGGAAAACCUGUAGUAACUAAAGUAAUAGCUUCUCACACCGAGGGAGAUGUAAAUACAAAGGGUUGCUGGAACAAUGAAUGGACAGAAGGUGAUGUCCUGAGUUUUGCUGCGGGAGUGGAAUCAAAUACAAACCACCCGCUUGGAAAAGCCAUCAUGGAAGCUGCCCAGGCUGCCAAUUGCCUUAAUAUGAAGGCAAAAGAUGGGUCCUUUAUGGAAGAACCAGGGUCCGGCGCUGUGGCUACGAUUGGUGAGAAGCAGGUUUCGGUUGGGACAUUAGACUGGAUUAGGAGGCAUGGUGUUGCUCGUGACCCAUUUCCCGAAGCAGAAAAUUUUGGCCAGUCUGUUGCAUAUGUAGCGGUGGAUGGUACUCUAGCUGGUCUUAUUUGUUUCGAGGACAAGAUCAGAGAGGAUUCUCAUGAAGUUAUUGAUGCCCUGACUAAGCAAGGAAUUUGUGUGUAUAUGUUAUCUGGAGACAAAGAAAGUGCUGCUAUGAAUGUCGCUUCAAUUGUUGGUAUUCAGGCUGACAAGGUGAUUUCUGAAGUUAAACCUCAUGAGAAAAAGAAGUUCAUAUCUGAACUUCAGAAAGAGCACAAGUUAGUCGCCAUGGUUGGUGAUGGCAUCAAUGAUGCUGCAGCAUUAGCUUUAGCUGAUGUUGGGAUUGCAAUGGGUGGAGGUGUUGGUGCGGCUAGUGAUGUAUCUUCAGUUGUCCUUAUGGGCAAUAGGUUAUCCCAGCUUGUAGAUGCUUUAGAGUUGAGUAAAGAAACCAUGAGAACAGUGAAGCAAAAUCUUUGGUGGGCGUUUCUGUAUAACAUUGUUGGGCUACCCAUUGCUGCUGGUGCAUUGCUGCCAGCGACUGGUACGAUACUGACCCCAUCGAUAGCUGGAGCUCUAAUGGGUUUCAGUUCGGUCGGCGUGAUGGCCAACUCCUUGCUUUUGAGGGCGAGGAUGAGUUCGAGGCAACAGUCAAUCCAUCAUUUUCAGACCAGGCAAAGGCUACACACUGUUUCUGAUGCCGUAUCUGAUAGAGCUGAUGAGAUAGUGAAAAGCUACCCGAGGAGUACCUAGCUGAAUAAUUCAUGUCUUCAUGAAGCUUUGUGUUCUAGAUCAGUACUACAGGUAACGGAGAUGAAAGCCAUGGGUGGGGCUCCACGGCAGUGGGCUGGUGGCAGGUGUCCAUUGCAGAUUCAGAUAUGUGAUGUGAAAUGCCUCGGAUGCCCAUUGCAGAUUCAACUACUGCGAGAUGGUAGUUCUUCUCUCUCUCAUUUCUAGUGAGGCAUUACCGUACUAGUGACCUUGAUUUACCUUGUCACAUCCUACGACCAAAUGUACGGUUCAUGGGUGCUGCUUCAAUCUGGCCUUUUGUCUACCUAACUACUUAUACUGACUUAUCCUGCUAUAAUGACGCUGGAGGUCCCGUCAUCACCAAGCCCCUCCCAUGCCGCUGAAGGCUGAACAUUAUUUUGCCGUGACCAACUUCCAGCUGAUGUAUGAUGACAGCCUGAUAAAUAAUGUUUUGGAUGAUCCCUUUUUUCUAUAGCUGAUUGUGCACCCAUAUUUCUUCUA